AUGGCGCUACAAACGAUGGCUUCCCUCUCCGAUUUCCUCUCCAGUCUUCUCUCGUCUUCUACUCCGCCGUCUCUUUCUCCGUCUCCGGCGAGUUUGAAACCUAUCACUAGAUCUUCGCCGUGUACGCUUCCGACUUCCAUAUCUCACCAGCUGAAGAUUACGACGGAGAUCUUCUUCAAAUCCGAUCACGAUGACGUCAUCAAUCGCGUGGUGUAUCCUUCGCUGGCGAACGCUAAUCUCCUGUUCUACAAGUCCGGUUACUACAACGUCGAGGUGGUGCCCAAAGACGGCGAAUCGGAGGAACAGCUUGUGAACGAUUUCAAGAGAUCGGUUUUCAGAGCCGGAGUGUUGCAGGAAGCUCGGAGACGACGGUUCUUCGAGAACUCUCAGGAGAAGAAGAAGCGUAAGACCAAAGAAGCUGCUAAAAAGUAUCGGAAAAGAGAAGUUGAAGAAGACGAUAACUGGGAACUUCCUCCUGAGGAACUUGAGAUUCCGUAUACCAACCGGUUCUAG